CCAAUCGAAUCACCUGAAGUAAAAUAAUAAUUAAAAAAAUAGGUCAUUUUUAUUGGUAAGCCACCUGAACAUGAACAUAUAUAUUCAAAUGGAUUCAUAUGUUUAUCAAUAUUAUUUGAUGGUAUAUAUUUAAAUGAAAUAAUAUUGUAGAAUGGUCUGCAGCAUUAACUGUAUCAUCAGUAUGUUUAUCAAUCCAAUCUAUGUUAUCAAGUGCUACAAAAAAAGUUAAGAAUAAUAUUAUUAUAAUUAGAUGAAACCUCCUAAUGAUGCAGAAUUUGUAAAAAGAGCAGCAGGUAGAGGACCUAAAAGUUUUCUAUGGAGUUAUCAUGAUGAAAAAUGCUGAAACAUAUUGUAAAAUAUAUAUAAAUCCAAUACGAAAC